GAGAAAAUAAUGCACAGAGAAGUAGUCCGAGUGGCGAUCACACCACAGAGCGAGAGUGAGGAGAGAACCACAGUGAGAGGGGAGGGGAUGGUCGGACGGAUGACAGGAGAAAUGGGAGGGCUCAGAUCGAGGAUCCUCAGGACCUUGCAGUCCUUCCCCACCGCCGCUCCCGCGCAGUCGCCCAACCUCCUCCUCGCGCCGCUCCCUCCCGGCGCAGGCCCCUCGCCUCAGCCGCCCGCGGCGCCAUGCGUCCGCCUCCAGGAACCGGCGCCGCAGGAGCCGCCGCUGGGCGAUGAAGCGCGGGCCGCGCCCGGCGGCGGAGGCGAUGACGACAAGGAGAACGUCUCGCCAGGCGCCACCCCGCGCAAGGCCAAGAAGAUGAAGCUCAGCUCGUACCACCACGACAGAAGCCCGGGCCUCGGGGAGGAGCAGCGCGCCGAUGGCGCCACGCGCUACCGCCGGCCGGACCUCGCCUCGGCGACGCUCUUCGACCCGGACCUCCUCGCCGCCUUCCGCCGCGCCGUCGACGCCUACGCGCAGGCCCUGGACGCGGCCAGGCGCCGCGACGUCGACGUCGACGUCGACGACGGGGACGGCGUCCCUGGCGGCGGCGGCGGCGGAGGAGGAGGUGGGCCGGGCGUCACGGACCCCCUGGAUGCGUUCGAGCGGCGGUGCCCGCCCGGCGGCGAGCGCGCGGUGGUGCUGUACACCACGUCGAUCCGCGGCGUGCGCAGGACGUUCGAGGACUGCGCCCGCGUGCGCCGCCUGCUCGGCGGCCUCCGCGUGGCGUUCCUGGAGCGCGACGUCUCCAUGCACGCUCCCUACAGGGAGGAGCUCCGGGCGCUGCUUCGCUGCGGGCGGGGGGAGGGCGGCGGCGGCGCGUUCCCCGUGCCGCCGCGGCUGUUCGUGGACGGUAGGUACCUCGGCGGCGCCGACGAGGUCGUGGCGCUGCACGAGCGGUCCCAGCUCCGGCCCGUGCUCUGGCGCGCCGCGCGGCGCGGCGCGGCGGAGGUCCCGUGCGCGGUCUGCGGCGGCGCGUGGUUCGUGGUGUGCGGCGCGUGCGGCGGCAGUCAUUGGCUCCAUGACGCCAGCGCCGGCGCCGGCCGCGUGCCGUGCUCCGCGUGCAACGAGAACGGACUCGUGCCCUGCCCUCUCUGCAGCUAAGAUCGAACGCGCGGGGACCGGGAUGGUUUUGGUUUGGGAGGCGUUCUCUUGAUUAUUUAUUUGGUCAUGUCAUCGCUACGAUCCUUCCCAUUCCCAUGGUCGCUCUUGCAGCCAGGGGAACGAAGGAUUGAUCUCUGUCCGUCCAUCAAAUUGAACAGACUGUAUUUAUUAAGAUCAUUGUAUGUCCCCUUCUGUUUAAGCUCAGCUCUCGAUGAGACGAUUUUUACUAUUUCCAGCCAAUUCUCCA